AUGCCGUCUCAUAUCAAGACAUAUGAUGGGACUGAAGAUCCGAAGGAUCACCUCCAGAUCUUUACUGGUGCUGCUAGGAUCGAGAAAUGGUCUAAUGCUGAAUGUUGUCUCAUGUUCAUGCAAACCCUCGUCGGGUCAGCCAGAAUCUGGUUUAAUGACUUGCAUGCCAGAAGCGUUCGAAGCUUCGAUGACCUUAGCAAAGGGUUCCUGGCUAACUUUUCCCAGCAAAGGCGAUACAUUAAAGAUGCCACGAUGAUUUUCCAGAUAAAACAAAGAGAUGAUGAAAGCCUUCGAGAGUUCAUAGAAAGGUAUAAAAAGGAGGGUCUAACGUAUGUGGGGGCGGAUGAAAAGAUGAGAGUAGCCGGUUUCAUGAAUGCCAUCACCUCCAAAUAUCUUACAAGGGAUUUCAACAAGUCCCUGCCAAAGACCUUGGAAGAAGCUCUCGAAAGGUCUGAAGCCCACAUCAGAGGAGAGGAGGCUGUAGACAUAAAGGAGCAAAGACGUCAGAGGGGCUCAGAGCAACGAAGGCCUGAAGGCCGGAACCCUCCAAGCAGGGAGAAGGCCAUGAAGUUUACACCCCUUACGAAAACCCCCAAAGAGAUUCUUGCUACAGAGGAAGUGAAACAAAGCUUCCGACCUCCUAGACCUCUCCCUAAAAGCAAAAGAAUUGAAAAUUCCACUCAGUUUUGUGAAUUUCAUGAAGAGAAGGGUCACCAUACUAACGAUUGCUUUCAACUCAAAAAAGGAUUGAGGAGGCCGUUAAGUCCGGGGAGCUUUCCCACUUGGUGA